AUGGACUACGAUCUCUACCCAAAAUCCCUGCCCAUCUCCCCCCUUCGCGCCGAUUCCCUAUCCCGUUUCUAUGCCACCAAAUCCAACCGAUCUCUCUUCCGCUCGAAGCUUUCUCAGGCACUCAGUGUCACUUCCGGCAGCAAGCUAAAUGAGGACACUCUGCAAGAACCUAGCGAGCAAGAAAACAUGGGUGAAGAAACAGAAGAACCCCACCACCCCGACGUACUCUCUGUCGUACUCCUCCCAAGCGGCGCCGUCAACAUGGAGACUUACGCCAACAACCCGCGUGGUCUACUCCCUGACUGCAAAAUAGAAAAGAAAGCGGAAGUGGAAAGGCCAGGCCAAGCAGCGGAUGUAUGGCCAAAAUCCCUCAUACAGAACCACACGAUUUACGAAACGUGGGUAUAUCCCAGCUAUGGAUGUUUAACCACGCCCACACCACGUUUUUCGACAUCACAGGAGCUUGCAGUUUCAGCGCCGCUGCAAGUCAGAAUAGGGGGUCGAAACCGAACAUGCACUUUCUCGGAACGAAGUGCCAUACUUGUCUUCGCAAGAGCCAGAGUGGCGAAGAGGGAUUUCGCAGAGCCGUUUUGUAAGUUGGAUAAUGUUCUAUUUCAAGAUUGGUUUCUGCGUACCGUGCGGGGAUUCGGAGUGGAUGACGAAUGGGCAACUUGGCGCCUGUCAACUGUCAUGAAGGAUAAGGUGAGGGCUGGGAUCAUGGAGGAGGUGGUGUUGUACCAGAAGGAGGUUGAAAUUAUUGCCAUGGGCAGGGAAGAAGAUAGGUGGCCCGCCCCGCAUGCUCGUAAGAUGAUUAGAGCUGAGAAGAGGUGGAUUAACAAUAGGGGGAGUAAAGUGCCGCCUGAGGAGGAGGCUAGGAGGAAAGCAGCAUUUGCGGAUAGGAGGAAGGAGAUAUAUGAGGCUAAGAAAAGGGAGUUUUGGGAGGGGAUUGAGAUGAAGCUGAGAAAUGAUAGACGGCUUGAACAGGAGAGGUUGAGGAGGGAAGAAGAGGACUUUUGGAGAGCUGAGGGGAAGAGCUUCUGGGAACGGUAUCGACCGCGUAUUGCGGGUACAGACUGGGUGAAGAGGGUGUGUUUUAGGUGCUUGUUUCGUACCAAGAAAGAGCAAAGGCCGGCCAUCCGCGUCUAA